AUCUAGGCGGAAGUAGCUUUUGGCCCAGGCAAUACAAAGGGGAUGGGAAGAAGGAGCGGCGGCCCAUCAAUAAACCGCUGAAAUCGCCGGGCGCCAAAUAGACGGCCAAGAUCAACCCUCACCAGACUUGAGCGCCAACAAGCGAGAGGGCAAGAGGACAAGGCACGGUGACGGAGCUCACUUUCGUUCGGAUUGCCUCGCGUAGAUUAAUUAGAACGCACAAGCGCAGCCGCACCCACAACUAUCUUCUAUCUGCACGCACACCUUAUCCUCCUCCUCCUCCUCCUCCAGGCUCCAGCUCUCUCUCUGUCUAUAUCUCUAUCCGCGCGGCUGCCAUGGCGGGCGAUGACGAUCAGCAGCAAGGAGGAGGAGGAGGAGGAGGAGGAGGACCAGAAGAAGCGGGAGAAGAAGAAGCGAAGGCCGCCGCGUGGGGGGAGGACAACGAGAAGGCAGCGUCCGCGUCCUCGUCCGAUGAAUCCGAGGACGAGUCGGAGUACUCGUCGGACGACUACGAGGCGGGGGGUUACGAGUCGAGCGAGGCGGAGGAGGACGACAACUCGGCGGAGAGCAACGUGCGCAAGUUCGCGGAGGCGCUGGAGAGCCGGGCGAACCGGAAGCGCGCGGAGGAGGAGGAGCGCGACUACGUGUACCACGAGGACCUCUUCGACUUCCCCCGCGACCCGGAGAAGUGGCGCGAGGAGGACCUGCGCGAGCUCUGGGCCGACGCCCCACUCGAGAUGACCAAGCCCGGCUGGGACCCCGCCUGGGCCGACGACGACGACUGGGAGGUCGUCCGCCAGGAGCUCGCCGCCGGAAGGGACCCCCCCAUCGCCCCCUUCUACCUCCCCUACCGCAAGUAUUACCCCGCCAUCCCCGACAACCACUACGACAUCUCCAACCCCAGGUCCGUCGUCGAGGAGCUCGACCGCAUCGAGGAGUUCCUCAAAUGGGUCAGCUACGUCUUCCCCGACGGAAGCACUUAUGAAGGAACUGUUUGGGAUGAUUUGGCUCACGGGAAAGGAGUUUAUGUUGCUGAAGAUGGGCUUGUCAGAUAUGAAGGGGAGUGGCUUCAGAAUCAAAUGGAAGGUCAUGGAGUUAUUGAAGUAGAUAUUCCUGGCGUAGAGCCUGCACCUGGUUCAGAGCUUGAAGCUAAAAUGCGUGCUGAAGGUAGAAUUAUAUCCAGAGAUUUCAUGUCCCCGGAGGACAAAAGGUGGCUGGAGAUGGACAUGGAAGAUAGCUUAUUGCUUGCUGGAAAUAAAGUAGAAAUCCCAUUCUACGAAAGGGAUGAAUGGAUCAAGGUGUUCGGAGAAAAACCAGAAAAAGGUCGAUACAGAUACGCUGGGCAGUGGAAGCAUGGAAGAAUGCAUGGCUGUGGGGUAUAUGAAGUUAAUGAAAGGGCUAUAUAUGGAAGGUUCUACUUUGGAGAGCAUCUAGAGGAUUCAACGGGUUGUGAUGAAGAUGUUUCGGCGUUGCAUUUUGGUAUUGCUGAAGUAGCUGCUGCAAAGGCACGGAUGUUCGUUAACAAGCCUGAUGGAAUGGUUAGGGAAGAGAGAGGUCCUUAUGGUGAUCCUCAACAUCCAUACUUCUAUGAAGAAGAUGAUGUAUGGAUGGCUCCUGGGUUUAUCAAUCAAUUUUAUGAAGUUCCAGAUUACUGGAAGACAUAUGUGCAAGAAGUCGAUCAAGAAAGGGAGCUAUGGUUAGGUUCUUUCUAUAAAGCACCAUUGAGGAUCCCUAUGCCUGCUGAACUUGAAUAUUGGUGGUCUAAAGGUGAUGACGAUCCUGAAUUUGUUCUCAUAAACAAGGAACCUGAACCUGACCCUGAAGAUCCAUCAAAGCUCAUCUAUACAGAAGAUCCUCUCAUAUUUCACACUCGUACCGGCAGGCUUAUUAAUUAUGUGGAUGACGAGAAAUAUGGUGUUCGCUUAUUUUGGCAACCUCGCUUAAAAGAGGGUGAGGAUGUGGAUCCUGAAAAAGUUGAGUUUUUGCCUCUCGAAUACGAUGAAUUCUUUGGAAAAACAUCAGGUGCAAAGAAGGAGAGCAAAUUGUCACGCCUAAUAACAAAAGUAGAGAAUGCAUUGAAGCCUUUAUUUGAGAAAUUUGAGAAGUGGGCUGAGGAGAAGAAGAAAGCUAGUGAAAUGAAUCUGAAACUUAUAGAGAAGGAGCUGGAUUUCAUCGAGGCUGAAAUAUGCCUGGAAGAGACAUUGGAAGAUAUGGAAAAUGAGUUGAAGAUGAAGCAAGAAGAGGAAGAGAAGAGAGCUGCAGCUGGAAAGGACAAAGAUGAGUCAUCCCCUGCUGCAGCUGAUCAGGAUGCAGCUGCUUCGGAUGAUGGAGAUGACGAGGAAGAUGAAGAUGGAGAUGAAAGUGCACCUGCAAGCUUUGGUACAGUUCGCCAAGGGAGAGCUGAUGAAGAUACAAGCACAAAUUCUCUAGGGGAAAGUAAACCUGGGAAUUCUCCUUUCUCUUCUCUCACCUUGUCAGUUGCCUCUGGGAAUCUGAUUUCACUUGUUCCCGCAAAACUGCAAGAAUCCUAUCUGUUCUGGAGGAAACAUGCACAUCCUUCUAUUACAGAGCAGUCCUCUCUGCGUAAACAUGAUCGUGAUACCCCAAGAAGUAUUCAUUCAGUCAAUUUCCCUCUCACAUUUAAUUAUGGAACAAACUUGAGGGCGCGGCAGCAGCUGCAACAUUGUGAAGAGAGCAAGCGCAGGUACUCUCAGAAGAGUUCUUUAGCUCGGAGUCUCUCGUCUUGCCGGACUUGCAAGAAGUCCCAAGCGGAUCAGUUGAAUGAUAACGCAAUCGGUGCUCAAAAUUUCAGCAUUUUGUCAUUGCAUGUCCCAGUUAGUGAUGUUUUUACUAUCUGAGGACACCUGUUGUUCAGCUGCUGUUUUCAUUGUUUUUUAUCAAUUUUUUUUCUCCAAAAGAAUAUAAAUUUUUUAGAUGAGAUGGACCAGAUUAGUCUUCUUUUAUUUUUUUUGGGGGUCCAGAAUGAACUAGAUGCUCCAUUCUUUUACCCGAAAAUGGAAGUGUGAAGAACGAGUUGCAUUGAGGGGCAAGUCAACCACUUAGGCUAAAAAUGAGUUGAGCUGAGGGUGGCUAUCUUUCUGUUGUUAUAUUGGUGCAAUGAUCGAGAUGCAAUGAAUGCUCAACCACUAGUAUGGCAAGAGAGAGCCCAAGGUAGAAUCCUCUUGGGUUGUGUAUGUUAUGGAACAAAGAUCUGUUCCAAUGGGAGGAGCUUUCCCCCGGUGUUCGCAAUUGGGAAGCUUAUACUACGUAAUGCUGAGGAGAGAAGUUUACUAAGCUUUAUUUGGAAUUCAAUUGGGCAGGUGCAUGAUCCUUUGUUGAAAUUUGUGAAAAGUUAGCCUGAAGAAAUGGAAUGCCCAAACCAGGCCCGCUUCUGGAUGCGUCGAACUUGCCCCCUACGGCGUCUGGGUCCAGCCCGGUUCCCUGCAGCACUCGAUGUUUCUGCUAAUUUAUUUGGAUUUAUUAUUUAUUAUUUGCAGUCCCUUCAACUAGCAUUGCUGUUGCAUCACCAAUAGACUUUGGACACCGUGAGUCUACCACGGCGGCCGCUCUCAAGACUAACCUCGGUAGUACACGGCAGUUGUGCUGACUGAUGCUUCAAAAGUUCUACCAACUAGUAACCGGCAAAGGACCGAAAAGAAGCGGAGCAGUAGACACAAUUAUCUUGAGUUAUUAUUAUAACACUGAAUGCAAAUAUGCGGAUCCAGAGUGUCGAGAUUUAAUUUGCAGACCCCACGAGAAAGUCAUGUUUCCCGUCCGAUUUUCAUACUAUGCAGAAAAUGUAAUUGAUAGUUUAUUGGCGGACGUCUGAGAAAAUAAUACCAUUUUACGCCCUCAAUGGUUAUGAUGA